AUGGGAGAUGCCUCGGAAAACACAUUAUACAAUUUUAUUGAUGAACCAAACUUUGAGCAGUUCAUCAACCUCAUCAGGGGAGAAACAGAGGAUUCAAUAUUCAAGUUCUGCCUAAACUAUGACUGUGAGCACAUCAAUGGCUGCUUGGGUGAUAAACCAUUUGGCCCCGCAGCCCUGGGAGAUUUGUUCCAAUUCAACCCUGAUGAGACUCUGGCAAGCAGUGCUCCAACCUUUAAAAUUCUCGGUUCGCUGCCGAGCAUUGAUGGGGGCUUGAAACGAAGGGAUGAAUGGAUCGACGGGGAGGUCUCUUCGGAGACAACGACCACGGGGUCUGCUACCCCAAUGGCGAAACCAAAGGUUGGCACGUCAAAAACUUUUGUCUCGGAGCGUAGGAGGAGGGUUCGGAUGAAGGAGAAGCUGUUUGCAUUGCGCGCCUUGGUUCCCAAUAUAACAAAGAUGGACAUGGCCUCCAUUGUUGGGGAUGCCAUAGUUUACAUGCAAGAGCUGCAAUUGAAGGCUGAGAAGCUGACAGCCGAGAUUGCUGAUCUUGAAUCAUCGUUAAACCAAGCCCAUAUGCACAAUGGUUCGACUGAAAACCCGGAAAAUUUUCAAGUUCCACGCAAUAGACAUCCUGCUUGCUGGAAGAUCCUGCAGAUGGAGGUGUUUCAAGUGGAGGAAAGAAGGUUUUUUGUGAGAGUGGUGUGCAGCAGUGGGGAAGGGGUGGCAGUGUCUCUGGCUCUGGAGUCCCUUGCAUGCUACUUCACCAUUCAGAGCUCAAACUUGCUUACAGCUUCCAAGAGAUUCACAUCGACACUUACUCUGAAUGAAAGUGAAUGUGAAGAUUUGACCUUGCCAAACCUGAAACUGUGGUUGACUGGGGCUCUUCUGAACCAAGGAUUUGAAUUCAUAACAUCCCCUUCUGCCUGGGACCCCCACCCUCUUAUUUUCCUCCUCAAUUUUCUUCUUCUACUUUGUCAAACUAAUUUACAAAUCAUAUAUAUGCUUAAUAUGUAUAUUGGACCCAAGUCCCUUCACAAAAAAGGCAUGAAGCCCCCAAAAUAG